UAUCACUCACUAGUCACUGCUCAGAGCCUCAAAUUUCAGUAAUCAGUAUUAUAGACUAUCUAUUAGGUAUCUCCGAUUUAGUAUUUGAAGUUUCCAAAUAAUAGUAGUGAGUAAUAAUAUAUAAUAUAUAAUUUUAUAUGCAUAAAUUCGUAUUUGGUCACAAAAACAAAUCACUACGACUGACGGUAUAGAAAAGAACAGAAUGCAACAGUUGAUCAAUUCGUCGUUAUUAUAAUAUUGAAUUUAUCUAUUUAAAGGCAUUUGAGUACUAUUAUAUUGGACAUUCAACAUGGGUACGACAGCUACACCAGAGUUGGAGAACAAUAGAAUUGAGGAAGCGGUAACAUUAAAUAAUAUGACGGAACAAAAUCGUAACACGCAGUCCCAAAAUUUCAGCCAUGUUGGUGCAUACUCGUCAUUGUAUACAAUAUGUCAGAUAGUUGGAUUACUACUUAUAUUUUCUGUAUUUUAUUGGAUUAUCAAUUUCCGAGGAGGAUUUGGAUUUACUGAACCCAAAAUCAUAUUCAACUGGCAUCCUCUGUUUAUGACAAUUGGUUUUAUUUAUUUAUUUGCAAAUUCUAUUCUUCAUUAUAGAACAUUCCGCAGUUUAAAAAAACGAGAUUUGAAAAAUCAUCAUGCAAUUAUUCAUGGUUUUAUAAUUGUUCUUGUAUUACUUGCUGGUUGGGCUUCUUUUGCUUCUCAUAUGUAUAGUAAUCCUCCUAUUCCAGAUUUGUAUAGUUUACACAGUUGGUUGGGUGUUGUUACAAUUUCAAUGUUUCUCUCUCAGUUUGUAAGUGGAUUUGUGUCCUUCUUGUUUCCUGGAAUAGCUGCCCAAUAUAAAGAAGCUGUAAUGCCUUAUCACAUUUUCUUUGGAAUUUUCAAUUUUGUAUUGGCAAUUGCUACUUCAGUCCUUGGAUUCAGUGAAAAAUUAUUUUUCGUUUUGGAAGACAAAUAUAAAACUUAUCCAAAAGAAGGAUUGUUUGGCAAUUUUAUCGGCUUACUAUGUAUUUUUUAUGGUGGAUUAGUAGUGUUCAUGGUAACAAAACCAGAAUUUAAGAGACAACCUAAACCUGAAGACGGUGUGCUGCUAACUGGAGCUUUAGAAUAACUGAUAUAUUUGGAAUAUCUAUAUUUAUUUAGUAACUUGUAAAAACAUAAUUUAUUUGCAAAAUUAACGGGAAUAUUUUAUUUUUCCAUGACCUAUGCUCUAUUAUUAAGUAAAUCUAAUUUUGAUAUUUUUUAAUUAUAUUUUGUAAAUUUUGUGUUAAAAAAUUUUUUUUCAAACAUUUGUUCAACACAUAAUUUUACUGAGGCAUUUUUUAUUUUUAUUUUUUAUUAUACAAAUAAUAAUUUUUUAAUAUUCUAAGUUUUCUCAGGGCCGGCUUAAGCAAAAAUAGGGCACUAACCAAAAUCAAAUUUUGCCUCCUCUAAAAUAAUAAUAUUAUCAAUGUUUUUAAAAUGCGCUUUUUACUAAAGUGCCGCCCUAGGCCAGGUCUAAGUUUUCUUACAACAACUAUUUACACAAUUAUUUUUUUUUUUCAUUAAAAUAUACUUGAAGAAUUUACUGAAAGUUAUUUUUGUUAUUUACAAAUCAGUGUGGAACUAUGAAAUUCCAUUGAAUAAUUUAAACUAUUAAUAAUAUCA